GCUGGUUGCUAAGACACUCUUGUUUGCUCCUUGACAACCCUGGCGGGGGUGCUCUGGCUGUGGCCUCGGCUCCGGCCCCCGCGGGAGCAGCACCCCCUGGGGAAAGACAUUUUCUGCUCCCCCCCCCCCCGAGUUGGCAGGGCCCUCUUCCUGACUCUCCAAGGCGUCUCAGCUGCCAGUCCCAGCACCUCCUGAGAGACCCCCGCCUCCGGUGGUCACAGUGGAAGGAUCAUGGGAGAGACAGAAGGGAAGAAAGACGAGGCUGACUACAAGCGCCUGCAGACCUUCCCGCUGGUCAGGCACUCAGACAUGCCAGAGGAGAUGCGAGUGGAAACCAUGGAGCUGUGUGUCACAGCCUGUGAGAAAUUCUCCAACAACAACGAGAGCGCCGCCAAGAUGAUCAAGGAGACGAUGGACAAGAAGUUCGGCUCCUCGUGGCACGUGGUGAUCGGCGAAGGCUUUGGCUUUGAGAUCACGCACGAGGUGAAGAACCUGCUGUACCUGUACUUCGGCGGGACCCUGGCCGUGUGCGUCUGGAAGUGCUCCUGACACUCCGUCCCCGCAGGCCUGCUCCUGCCUCUCCUCCGGGAUGGGGAGCAGCCCCAGGCAGGUCCCGGCCUUUCCACGGAGAGUUUGGGGUCUUUUCUUUUGUCCUUGUGUGCCCGUUUCCUGAGCCAUGCCCAGUGUGUGAAUCUGUUGACAUCUCUACCCCCAGGCUCCCAGCCCUCUCCCUCUGAAUCCCAAGUGGUGGACAGGGCAGAGGCAGCUCUCUGUAGGGGUGGGGCGGGGACAUGUGACAGGGUAAAGGAGGUGGGGAGCAAGGAUUUUCCCCAGGACAUGCCAGGCCCGCCUUUCUCCGGGGCUGUUGUCCUUUAGCAUCCCGGGAGCCCCACUGCCCUUCUGUCCCCAGUACUGCUGAGAAGGUACCACUGUCCUAUGCUAGUGGCCAUACGGAAGUGGGCCCAAGAAGGAGCCUCUCCUCUCAAGGGACACAGGCAGCUUCUCCUUGUCCUCUGGGACACAGUGACCACCCCCAAAGCCCUCUCCCCAGCUUGAUCCUGGGCUGAGCAAGCAAACACCGCGUCUCGCGGGACCCGUCGCGCCACAGCCCGGGUUUGGCAUGAGGACCGAGCAGCCUUCCCCGCCCUCUCCUCCCUUCCCGCCCACCCUGGCGCGUGAACCAGGAGGAGCCUCGACGGCCGGAGGCCAAGCGCGCAUGCGCAGUUGAGAGCCAGGCGCUGGGACGCAGGCACUGCCCCCGCGCGUGCUCGAGACGUCACUGAGCUCCGGUGAGACACCGGCCAGGUGGGCUCUCGCCGCGGGCCGCUUCAGCAGGGAACCUGGCCUGCCAGUGACGUAUCAUCAGGGACCGCAUGCUGAUUUGUACUUCGUAUCUCUGCCGGGUUUUCUAGAUUCUUUUUGAGUGUGGGGAGAAGGGUUUUCGUAGAAGGGUGAAUCCUAUUUUACACAGCGGUCUUAUUUAUAUAAAUGUCUUGGUUUUUACAAUUAAAAUUACCAAAAACUGA